UCUAGAAGGAAAAUAAAUAUAUUAUUACAAAAUAUUGUGUAAUUAGUUAUAUUAAAAUGUAAUUUAACCGUUUUCAGAUAUCCCAAUGCAGCAAUAGAGGUGUUAAGAGAACAUGCACUUAGAGCAAUACGCCAUGUUCAGCGUAGAUUUAGUCCACAAGUACCGAAUACUUUGAGGGCUAUGGGAGAGACUAUUAUGUCUUUAAGAUGGCAUGGACGUCUCUUAAACGUAUUGGAUGAUAUUAACAAUGUCCCAUUCUAUCAAGUUAAUCUUGAAUACUUUGAUAAUAAUGCAGUUGUGUUUGGUGGUUUAAUAUUUGCUAAUGUGGCAUUUCUUCAACACUAUGCACCAUAUUUUCGCCAAGCUCGAGUUGUAGAAGUAGAUGGGACAUUUAGUGUUCUUCCUCGUUACCCAGCUGAUAUGGAGCAGUUUGUCACUAUUCAUGUGAUAUUAGACAACAUUUCUGUUCCUGUAUUAUAUGCCAUUCUGAACCGCAGAACAGAAAAUGUAUAUAUUCGGUUAUGGCAAUUCUUGAGAAGAGAUUUGCCAUUCGAUAUUUUUGAUUGGGAAAAUUUAUAAAUUAUUACCGACUUUGAAACCGCAAUGCGUAAUGCAGUA